AUGUGCCUCGGACGCCGCCGACCCGCGGGGCUCCCGGAGGAGGCCCCGACCCCGCCCGGUGCCCAGGAUCCCCAAUCGCAUGUUCAGAACUUCGGGGAUUCCUCGCGCCACCUCCGACUCCUAAAUUUCGGGGACUCCCUGCCACCUCUCCAGCCCCGGGUCCAGAAUUUCGGGAUCCCCUCGUGCCGCCUCCCUACCCCAGGCCCGGAACGUCGGGGACACCGCAGCCUCUUCCAACGCCCGGUCCGGAACUUUGGGAACCCCUCGCACUGUGCCCUCUCCGACCCCGACUCCGGAACUUCGGAGUCCCUGCGCCCUCUCAAGCCCGGGAAUUUUGGGGCUCCGCGAGCCGCCCCCAGCCUCCCUGUCCGGAAUUUCGGGGACCCCCGCGCCCUCCCCCUGGCCCUGGCACCUCGGGCCCCCCGCGUCCCCGGCGCAGGCUCGGACAGCCGGGCUCACCCUGCGAGCUCGGCGCCCCGCGAGUGUCCGGGCGCGAGUCGGGUGCUGCCCCGCGGCGCCGACUCCCCGCAGCCGGGCGCCCCGCUCGCUUGCUGGCUCCGGGGCCCGCGCCCUCCGCGCCGCCCUCCGCGCCGCCCUCCGCACCGCCCGCGCCUUUGUCUGCGCCUCCGCCGCCGCCCGCGCCGCCUCCGGUCCCAUCGCGGCCGGUCCCGACGCGGCAGCCGCCCGCCCCGCCUCCCGGGGCCGCCGAGGCCGCCCCGCAGCGCCCCCUGCCGGCCCUCCGCGGCGCGGGGGGGGGAGGGGGAGAGGGAGGGGCGGAAGCCGGGAGGCGGGCGGGACAGGAACGGCGGGAGGGCGUUAAGGGCCCCUUAA